UCGUCCCUGCGAGGAAUGGCUCUGUGUUGUACAAUAUCCCUCAACUAAUCAAUCACCCCCUUUUUUUUAGUUCUUUACUUCUUAUUUUGGUUUUUCUCAAUUCGUCAGUACCAAAGGAGAAGGAGGUUUUUCCAGUUAUAAACGGUGUCUUUAGUCUCUAGUCGGUGCCGCCCUCCGCCUGCGUGGUGUUUAUUCCCCCAGACAGACCAGGACCAGGCCGAGCUGCUGCACUUUCCCCCAGCCAGCAUCCUGCACGCACACAGUCUCAGUGAAGUGUUUGCCGACAAAGGGAUGGCUCAGUUCCAGGAAAUGAUGCGGCAGCAGCUGGAGAGCUCCAUGCACACGGAGCUGGAGAAGCUGCUGGACACGACCACGGGCCCCGAGAGAGAGGUUUCCAGGAAAGACUUCGAGGGCUUCACGAAUCUCUACCACAGAUUUCUGCAGGUGAAGGGGCCGUCUGUAGAGUGGAUCAAGAUACAAAGACCUCCAGAAGACUCGAUCCAACCCUACGACAAGAUCGCUGCACGAGGCCUGCCGGGCAACGUGGCUGACAGCCUGAACAAGCUGGUGGUGGUGAAGCUGAACGGAGGUCUGGGCACCAGCAUGGGGUGCAAGGGCCCCAAGAGCCUGAUCAGUGUCCGCAACGAGAACACCUUCCUGGACCUCACCGUGAAGCAGAUCGAGCACCUGAACAGGACGUACAACACAGACGUCCCCCUGGUCCUCAUGAACUCCUUCAACACAGAUGAAGACACGAAGAAGAUCCUGCAGAAGUACACGCACCACCGGGUCAAGAUACACACGUUCAACCAGAGCAGGUAUCCUCGCGUCAACAAAGAGUCCCUCCUCCCCGUGGCCUCAAACCUGAGCAUGACGGCCGGCAACACGGAGGCCUGGUACCCUCCGGGCCACGGGGACAUCUACGCCAGCUUCUACAACUCCGGCCUGCUGGACCAGCUCAUCGCACAGGGCAAGGAGUACAUCUUCGUGUCCAACAUCGACAAUCUGGGCGCCACCGUGGACCUGCACAUCCUGCACCACCUGGUGAGCCAGCCCAACGGCAAACGCUGCGAGUUUGUCAUGGAGGUGACGGACAAGACGCGCGCCGACGUCAAGGGAGGCACGCUGAUCACGUACGAAGGGAAACUGCGUCUGCUGGAGAUCGCCCAAGUGCCCAAAGCGCACGUGGACGAGUUCAAGUCUGUUUCAAAGUUUAAGAUCUUCAACACCAACAACCUGUGGAUCUCUCUGGCUGCUAUCAAGAGGCUACAGGAGCAGAAGGCCAUGGACCUGGAGAUCAUAGUCAACCCCAAGACGCUGGACGGCGGGCAGAACGUCAUCCAGCUGGAGACGGCGGUCGGCGCCGCCAUCAAGUGCUUCGACAACGCGCUGGGAAUCAAUGUUCCCCGCAGCCGCUUCCUGCCGGUCAAGACCACGUCGGACCUGCUGCUGGUCAUGUCCAACCUGUACAGCCUGGACGCCGGCUCGCUCACCAUGAGCCCCAAGAGGGAGUUCCCCACGACGCCCCACGUCAAGCUGGGCAGCUCCUUCACCAAGGUCCAGGAGUACUUGACCCGUUUCGAGAGCAUCCCCGACAUACUGGAGCUCGACCACCUCACCGUCUCCGGAGACGUGACCUUUGGUAAAAACGUGUCCGUCAAGGGGACCGUCAUCAUCAUCGCCAACCACGGGGAUCGCAUUGAUAUUCCGGCCGGCUCCAUGCUGGAGAACAAGAUCGUCUCCGGCAACCUCCGCAUCCUGGAUCACUGAGGCCUUUCCCCCCUCCCCUCCCCGCCCCGCCGUGCGCCCUUAUCAUGUGACGCGUUGGUUUUUCUUUCCGACACCAACAGAUUGUGAGAGGAAGUGACUUUUCCCCCCUUGAGGCCCGUUUGUGAUUGCAUGUGCAGUGUUGCAGUCUUGUCUAAUUUUUAUACAUUGCUGGUGGGGAGCAGCUGGGACACACUGCCCUCUGGUGGCAGAAACCUGUAUAACCUCUAGUUGUAGUUGUCGCUUUAACCAAACCUGAAUCAACUUUAGAGGAUAUAUAAAAGAUUUUAAACUCUAGAUAUAUUCUAACCAUUUAUCUGGCCAGAAAAAUACAAUCUGCCAGAGUAGAUUUGAAAUAGAUAAAUAAAAGUAUGUUAAAAGAGAUAUGGGCAUCAAUGAGACUACACAUCAAGAAACAAAUCUGGUGGUUCUGUUGUGGCCACUUUCAGCACUGCUAAUGCAAUCACAGAGUGUUCUUACACAGAGGUAAAUGUAUGAAAGGUAAAGAGAGGUAUUGACUCGUUAUUACAAGCACUAGAUGUCACUGCAGGAUUCAGUACGGUUCCAUAGUUCAGCUUUGAAAACAGACGAUAUAUCAUCAUGUGUCACUGCAAGCAGAUCAUAGUCUACAUGAAAAAAAGUUACUUGUCCCCUGCCGAUAAAACACCUAAAAUAACUCGAAAUUACUGGAUUCAUACUGUAUUUCAGAAAAAUGUGGUAUCUCCUGUGCAGGAUUUCAGUGUUUGUGAUUGGAAGCUCCUUGGGAGGAACCUUGGUCCAGAUCUGGAGCCGCACUCUCCUGCAGCAUCUCUGAAUGUUUAUCUCAUUAGUAGAAAAUGGAAGUGUGACUCGUAUCUGUACAGAGAUGAAACAGACAGCUGCUAAUCAUCGUCUGUGCUCUUUCUGCAAACCACAUAUUGCACGUACGCGCUCUCUAGUCUUGCUUUUAAUAUCACAACAUUAAUUAGGGUGUAUGUUUUUACCGUACCAGUCCAACACGAGCGCGUGGAACCGUGAAUCCUGAGGUGACGUUUGUGCUGAGAUAACUUGGCGACUCUCUUGGAGCCACUAAAAACUGUGAGAAAACGUACUAUUGUGGCAUUCGAAGUGUAAGCUCGCCUGCUUUAACGAGUUUGUGCCAUAGAACUUUACGUGUGUUGCCUGAACCAGCUGUUAAAUCUGAAGUUUUUAUGACUAUUGUAAGGAUCCGUGUCCGUGCAGUCACGGUGCCGCAAGGUUACAAUUCAUUGAAAUGAUAUCAUUGUUCAAGCGAAGGCCUUUCUUUGUCCCACGGUGAUGUAUCACAACUUGUGCUUUCUUUUUUUGUUUAUGCCGGUUUCUUGUCUCACAUUUUUGACCUUCAUGUUUAUGUUCAUCUCCUAUUGAACAUUGUGUCUUUACACUGCGAGACACGAGGCGCAGUAUUCGCUGUGACGGUAGUUUACACAAACACACACACAGAUUUAGAUAUAUUCCAGCACUCGUACACAAAGUUUCAGCUUGGGAAUACUUGAGAUGGGUCCGACGCGCGCGGACCAGGAGCCCGAAAGCAAUAAGUGCUGAUCUGUGACGGUGACGAGGUCUCAGCCCAGUUCUGCCUCCUCAGAGCUGAAUAAAGUGCAAUAUGAAA